AUGAAGUGCAUCGUUGCUGUCGCUACCGUCCUGCUGUUGGCCCUCGGAUCCGCUCAGGCUGACUACCAUGCCAAGGGUUACGGCAAACCGGCUGCCCACUACGGAGGACACGGACACGGACACGGAGGACAUCAUGUGCCGUGUGGAUCGAAUCUGCUGUUGAGCUGCCACCCGAACGUUGCCCACGUGCCCUGCGUCCCUGCUCACGGCCAUGAGGGAGGUUAUCAUGCGGCCCCAGCCCACCACGCACCGGCUCCGUCAUACCACGCCCCGGCACCGGCCUACCACGCUCCGGCACCGGCCUACCACGCACCAGUUCAUCAUGCGACCAAGUAUUAA